GUACCAACGGUAUGAUCAAGGACCGUGCCGUAAGUCUGUCUCCCUAGCUAGGCCCAGCCACGCGGGCGCGUCCACCUACACGUACUCUACAUGCCCUUGGACCCCAUUGCUUGGCUCGCUAUGCGGAUCUCGCCCGAUCUGGGCCUCCUAAUGCUGCAUGGACAGUCUGCGAACAGCCUAUUUCUGGGGAAGGAUCUGGUGGGUGAGAGACGGAAUCCGCCCAUUCGCACGGCUAGAGGCGGGUCCUUAUCGAUAACACCGCAUCUUGUGCAUCUCCAACCGCGCGACUGGACGAUCGACUUUCCUGCGCCCAUCUCUCGUUCCCCGACCUACCCAGCUCCACCACGUGCCUGUCUAGAUGACCGCCGAACAGCCUGAUCAGAAGCAAUGGGCGGACACUGCCGCCGGCAAGAAGUUUGCUAGCAAGCAGUAUAGCGAGUACUUUGAUCCUUGUCAAGAGGCCGCCGCUCGAAGCCUGAGAUGUCUUCAUCGCAACGGUGGAGAUAGGGACAUGUGUUCCGACUAUUUCCAGGCUUACCGGGACUGCAAGAAAGAGUGGGUGCGUAAAGAUAGAAUACUGCCUCCCCAUGCUUCUCCAUGCGCACCCACUACAGACUUAACUGACUGUUUGGAUUUACACAGACGGAGGCACGAAAGGAAGCGAAGCGGAAGGAAGGCAAAUCGUUUUGGUGAAUUGGAC